AUGUCUGCAGCACCGGCAGCAUCAACAUCUGCACGGCCUCUUGCCGUGCGCAAGGACGAUUCAGAUGCAGCAAGUGACUCGGAGGACGACGACUUUGCCCCGGAGCCAUCGGGCGCUCGCUCUCCCAAGGCUAGCCGCCAGUCUCGCCGCGCGCGUGGUUCGGACGACUCCUCGUCAGGAGAAGACUCGGAUGGCGAGGAAGACCCCGUCACCGCAGGAGCUGUCGAUGAGGAGGAGCUCGAGGCGCUUAAGCGUGAGCGGCAGGAGCUUGUUGCUGCAGCUGGAGGCGAGGACCGCCUAGGCAAACGCAGACGGCUUGCCAAGCACGACACGGCGGCUGCAGAAGCCUCUGCAUCGAAGGACGAAACGGACGCGCUGAAAGCCAAAGCAGAUGCAGAGUGGGAAGCCAUGAAAGCGUCUGAAACCAAGAGCCCCGCCGCUGCAUCGGACAGUUCUACACAAGGAGCGCUAGCAGCAACGGCGGGCGAGGAGAUGGUCGCGGUGCCAACGACAUUUACGUUCGCCGGCGAAGUGCAGGCAUCCACACGCCUCCUUCCGCGCACGCAUCCGGACGCCAUUGCCUACCUGAGCCAAUCUGCAUCCAAGUCUCCAGUGUCACCUGCUUCUAUACCAGCUGCACGACCAGCCGCCGGUCCACGACGCAAGAAAACCUCGUCGCUCGCCACGCUCUCGGCCGCCGCGACGGCGAAACCGACCAAGCUGAACACGCUCGAGAAAAGCAAGCUCGACUGGGACAGCUUCAAGCACGACCGCACCGCCAUGUCGCAGCAGGAGCGAGACCAGCUGGACGCCCAGACCACCGGCGGAUCAAGAGGGUUGGGUGAUAUGAAGGGGUACCUUGACCGAAGGGACUUUUUGGACCGUGUGCACGAGCGGACGUCCAAGCCGUGA